AGGAGCAAACACAAGUUCAAGAUUCACACAUACGGCAGCCCGACCUUCUGUGACCACUGUGGCUCUCUGCUGUACGGGCUCAUCCAUCAAGGAAUGAAAUGUGACACCUGCGACAUGAACGUGCACAAGCAGUGUGUGGUCAACGUGCCGAGCCUGUGCGGGACGGACCACACGGAGCGCCGGGGACGGCUCUUCCUCAAGAUCGAGGUCAGCGGGGACAGGCUACACAUUACAGUGGGGGAAGCCAGGAACCUGAUACCUAUGGAUCCAAACGGUUUAUCAGACCCGUAUGUUAAACUCAAGCUCAUCCCAGACCCAAAGAACGAGACCAAACAGAAGACCAGAACCAUCCGUUCCUCUCUCAAUCCCUGCUGGAACGAGUCUUUCACCUUUAAGCUGAAAGCAUCCGAUAAGGACCGACGUUUGUCCAUUGAGGUGUGGGACUGGGACAGAACCACUCGGAAUGACUUCAUGGGCUCCAUGUCGUUCGGCGUGUCGGAGCUCAUCAAAGCUCCCCACUGUGGAUGGUACAAGUUACUGAACCAGGAGGAGGGCGAGUACUACAACGUUCCCAUCCCCGAGGUGGACGACGUCAAUCUGGAGCUCCGACAGAAGUUUGAGAAAGCCAAGCUGGGCCAUGGUAAGAAAGUGAUCACGCCAUCAGACCACCGGCGCUUCAGCUUCCCUUCAGGUAACCUGGACCGAGUCCGACUCAACGACUUCAACUUCCUCGCCCUUCUGGGGAAGGGCAGCUUCGGCAAGGUGAUGCUGGCAGAGAUGAAAUCCACAGAGGAGCUGUACGCCAUAAAGAUCCUGAAGAAAGACGUGGUGAUUCAGGACGACGACGUCGAAUGUACGAUGGUGGAGAAGAGGGUGUUGGCCCUGAGAGACAAACCGCCCUUCCUCACGCAGCUGCAGUCCUGUUUUCAGACUGUGGAUCGGCUUUACUUCGUGAUGGAGUACAUUAACGGGGGAGACCUCAUGUAUCAUAUCCAACGUAUGGGCAAGUUUAAGGAGCCUCAGGCGGUGUUUUAUGCAGCAGAGAUAGCUGUUGGCUUGUUCUUCUUGCACCGGAAGGGAAUCAUCUACAGGGAUCUGAAGUUGGACAACGUGAUGCUGGACUGCGAGGGACACAUCAAGAUUGCAGACUUUGGCAUGUGCAAGGAGAACAUGUAUGAGGGGAUGUCCACACGCACUUUUUGCGGCACCCCGGACUACAUUGCACCCGAGAUUAUAGCUUACCAGCCAUAUGGAAAAUCAGUGGACUGGUGGGCUUAUGGAGUUCUCCUCUAUGAAAUGUUAGCAGGACAGCCGCCGUUCGAUGGCGAGGACGAGGAUGAGCUCUUCCAGUCCAUCAUGGAGCACAAUGUGUCCUACCCCAAGUCCAUGUCCAAAGAAGCUGUGUCCAUCUGCAAGGGGCUGAUGACGAAGCACCCGUCUAAGCGUCUCGGCUGCAACCCUGAGGGAGAGCGGGACAUCAGAGAGCAGGCCUUCUUCAGACGCAUCGACUGGGAGCGUCUGGCCAACCGAGAGAUCCAGCCCCCGUUUAAACCCAAAGUGUGUGGAAAAGGAGCAGAAAACUUUGACAAGUUUUUCACGCGCACCCAGCCCGUGUUGACCCCUCCGGACCAGCUAGUCAUUGCCAACAUCGAUCAGAGCGAGUUUGCCGGCUUUUCCUACAUCAACCCUCAGUUCUCCCAUCCGUCCUUGCACAGCGUGGUAUGA